AUGCCUACGGUUUUAGUGUAUUGUUGUUUAGCGCUGUUAUUGUCGUUUCACAUUGAAUAUGUAAAUAGUGCCAAGAGGUUCUAUGUGGACUACGAAAAAAAUGAAUUCAUCAAAGACGGCAAUGUAUUUCGAUAUGUUUCGGGAUCACUACAUUAUUUUCGAGUGCCCAGACCCUAUUGGAGAGAUCGUAUACGCAAAAUGAAAUCUGCCGGCCUUAAUACAAUAUCGUUUUAUGUUGAAUGGAGUUUUCAUGAACCAUAUUCAGGCGUAUAUAAUUUUGAAGGACAAGCUGACGUUGAACAUUUUUUGACAAUAUCCAAACAAGAAAAUAUGAACGUACUUAUUAGACCAGGACCGUUCAUUUCAGCUGAAAGAGACUUAGGUGGACAUCCAUAUUGGUUGUUGAAAGAAAAACCUAGUUUACAUCUCAGAUCUAGUGACCCAAAUUACACAAAGUAUAUAAAACGAUGGUUUUCAGUAUUGAUGCCAAAAAUAGUUCCGUUUUUAUAUGGGAAUGGAGGCAACAUUAUUAUGGUCCAGAUAGAAAAUGAAUAUGGGCAUAACGAUUUAGGAAACUGCGAUAUGGAGUUUAAGUUAUGGCUUAGGGAUUUACUUCUGUACUAUGUUGGUGAACAAGCUCAACUUUAUACAACUGACGAAUGCAACUUAUCUUAUUUGCAAUGUGGACAGAUUCCAAAUGUAUACUCUACUGUCGACUUUGCUGCAAUUGUUAAUGUAACUGAGUGUUUUGAUCAUUUGAGACAAGUUCAAAAAAAAGGACCAUUAGUAAACUCUGAGUUCUAUGAUGGAUGGGUCGCGUUUUGGGAAAGUCCGAGGCCGGUUAGAUAUACCAAGGACAUAAUACGAGUGUUGAAAUAUUUUUUGGCCAACAACAUAUCUUUCAACUUUUUUAUGUUCCACGGUGGAACCAACUUUGGAUUUACUUCGGGUGCUAAUACGAACGGGACAACUGCAGAUAAAUCUGGCUACCAACCGCAAUUGACAUCGUACGAUUUUUCCGCUCCGUUAGAUGAAGCUGGUGAUCCGACAGAAAAGUACCAUGCUAUUAAACAAACUCUAAAAAAUGCGAAUUUUCCUACUGGGUCAACUCCAAAAGUUGCACCAAAGGGCAAUUAUGGAACUGUAAAUAUGUUGCCCGUUGUCAGUUUAUUUGAUAGCGUAGCACGACGUCUCAAACCGGUCUUAAAUGACGUACCAUUAUGCUUUGAAGAUAUGGAUAUAAAUCAUGGGCUAGUGUUAUAUGAAACUAAUUUACCAUUGAUUACAGGAUUGACUAAAUUACCAUUAGUAAUCAAAUCACUUGGUGAUCGAGCAAUCAUCUUUUUAAAUAAUGUGAAAUUAGGAACUAUGAGUAGAUCUCAUAGUAAUACAACAAUGGAAUUAUCAGUAAUUAACAGUAAUCAAAAACUGAGUAUUCUCGUCGAAAAUCAAGGAAGGAUUAACGACAAGAGAUUUUUGGUGGAUAGAAAGGGGAUUUUGUCAAACGUUACGUUAGGAAAAUAUACCCUAGGUCCGUGGGUAAUGACUGGAUAUCCAUUGAAUGAAACGGCAUGGUUAGAAACUCAAAAUAUUCAACCGAACGUCAAACCACCAGCUUUUUACAGGGGAGUUUUUAUCGUACCGCAAGACAAUAAACACACAAAACCAUUGGACACGUUUUUAGAUACAUCUGGAUGGACAAAAGGUGUUGCGUUUAUCAAUGGCAUUAAUAUCGGUAGAUAUUGGCCAGCAGUAGGUCCACAAAUCACACUAUAUGUUCCAGCUCCAUAUUUAGUUCCUGGACUCAACACUAUAGUAAUGGUAGAACUCGAAGGGGCUUCAGAAGAUUUUACCGUCAAAUUGGUUGAUAAACCUCGUUUGGAUGGGUAAUAGAAAAUAAAAACAAUACUCCAUUUAAUUAUGUUGUUAAAGUGAAUAAAUAAAUAUAAAUAGUAAA